AACCCAGUAGACACGUUUCCUGGAGGGCGUGAAGGGGGCGUGGCCACACUGGGCUGUCAGCUCUUAAAGGGGCCGCCGCGCAGGUUGCGGGAGGCGGCACCUGGAGCCAGCGCGGGAUCCUCAGCAGUUUGCUCAGGGCGGGGAUGCACACCUGGCAGUGGAGUGCGGGCCAAAUCCACGUCGACACCGGCUGCCCGAAGUUGGGCGGGAUAUGUUGCUUCUAGCCGGGAAAUGACCCGGCUGGGCCAAAGCUGAGCUAUUGGCUGCCCCAGGGUGGAGAAGCCCCAUCUACUCCGGAGCUGCUGGUACUGCAACCUCGGAGCUAGGCUUGGCUGCCCUGGCUCAGGACCCCACCCUUGAAGACAUGGCGGAGAAGGUGCUGGUCACAGGUGGGGCUGGCUACAUUGGCAGCCAUACAGUCCUGGAGCUGCUGGAGGCAGGCUACUCACCUGUGGUCAUCGACAACUUCCAUAAUGCCAUUCGUGGAGGGGACUCCAUGCCUGAGAGCCUGCGGCGGGUCCAAGAACUGACAGGCCGCUCUGUGGAGUUUGAGGAGAUAGACAUCUUGGACCAGGCAGCCCUACAGCACCUCUUUAAGAAGCACAGCUUUAAGGCCGUCAUCCACUUUGCUGGGCUCAAGGCUGUGGGCGAGUCGGUGCAGAAACCUCUGGAUUAUUAUAGAGUUAACCUAACAGGGACCAUCCAGCUUUUGGAGAUCAUGAGGGCCCACGGAGUGAAGAACCUGGUGUUUAGCAGCUCAGCCACAGUCUACGGGAACCCCCAGUACCUGCCUCUGGACGAGGCCCACCCCACCGGGGGCUGUACCAACCCCUACGGAAAGUCUAAGUUCUUCAUUGAGGAGAUGAUCCGGGACCUGUGCAGGGCAGACUCGGCCUGGAACGCAGUGCUGCUUCGAUACUUCAACCCCACGGGCGCCCAUGCCUCAGGCCGCAUCGGCGAGGAUCCCCAGGGCAUCCCCAACAACCUCAUGCCCUAUGUCUCCCAGGUGGCAAUCGGGCGAAGAGAGGCUCUGAAUGUCUUUGGUGAUGACUAUGCCACGGAGGAUGGGACAGGUGUAAGGGACUACAUUCAUGUGGUGGAUCUGGCAAAGGGCCACAUAGCAGCCUUGAAGAAGCUGAAGGAGCAAUGUGGUUGCCGGAUCUACAACCUGGGCACAGGCACAGGCUACUCUGUCCUGCAGAUGGUCCAAGCCAUGGAGAAGGCUUCGGGGAAGAAGAUCCCGUACAAGGUGGUGGCACGGCGGGAAGGUGACGUGGCAGCCUGUUAUGCCAACCCCAGCCUGGCCCACGAGGAGCUGGGCUGGACAGCAGCCUUGGGGCUGGACAGGAUGUGUGAGGAUCUGUGGCGCUGGCAGAAGCAGAACCCGGCAGGCUUUGGGGCACAGGCCUGAGGACCUCCUUACCAGGGACCAGAAAGGAAGAGGAGCAGCUGCCUGCUUCCCAACCUCCGCAGGACCCUGUACCCUUCUGCUCUGGGGCUAAGCUGAGGCCACCUUACCUCAAAUGCCAGCUGCCUGCUCGGCCCUCCAGGCCAACCUCUGCCUGGCUGCACUACCAGGAAGAAGCCUGGGUCUUUCCAGCCCAUCUCCUCCAGGGUCCAGGAGCUCGUGGGACCCCUAAAGCCUGCGAGGGCCAGGGGUCUGGGACCAUAGCCUCUCCCAGGCACUAACUUAUACUGCUAUGAUUGAGCUUUCCAAAGUAUUUAAAAUAAAAACGUUUUCUUAUCCUGGG